AUGGAUGCAGGAGAAAGUCCAAGCUCAGGCACGAUCGUGAACGAAUUUUUCCAUCGAGUUGGUGGCCAUAACACGAUAUAUUUGUUCGAUGAAACGACGAUAUGUAAAGCGUUAUUGCCGCGAGAGUUUUAUUUCUAUAAAAGAUUAAAAAAUUCCUUGCGAUCUUUUAUACCAGAUUAUAAAGGUAUCGUAAAAAUUGAUAUGAAAGAUGAAGAAAGAAUACGUGCUUAUCGAGUAACAGAAGCUGAUUUAUCUGCUACAGACUUGGACUUUACAAAAGAAUAUUUCUCGCCUGAGAUCGUCAAUGAUAUCUAUAAGAAAGAAGAAUCUUGCGAUACAUCAAAAAGUGACAAAGAAAUCAAUCAACAGACCACUAGUAAAGGACCAGAGUGUAGCUCACAAGGUCUCGCAGAUACUGACAAGUUAGAAUAUUCAGCAUACAUUCUUUUAGAGAAUGUAUCCUCCAAAUUUAUCAAUCCUUGCAUCUUAGAUCUUAAAAUGGGCACAAGACAGCAUGGAGAUACUGCUUCCAGCGUAAAAGCUCAGAAGCAAAUGGAAAGGACUAAAAGUACAACCUCCAGCAAAUUAGGUGUUCGUAUGUGUGGCAUGCAGAUCUAUAGCGAAGCAGAAAGAGCGUUCCGUCGUCGUGAUAAAUAUUACUGCCGAUCAUUAUCUGUUGAGGGCUUUAAACAUCAUUUAUAUGAAUUUCUUUGCAAUGGUACUGACAAAUUGCGAGUCGACGUUUGCAUUGACUUUCUGCAAAGACUAAAAGAAAUGAAACAAGUUAUAGAGGAACACCGUGGUUACCGAUUUUUCUCCAGUUCUUUACUUUUCAUCUACGAGGGCCAGCUGGAUAGCCCAGGUAAGAAUCGCACCAACAAGGCUGACAUUGAUAUUCGUAUAAUCGAUUUGGCUCACACAACUUGUGAUAGGUUGCUCCAUAAAUUGCCUCCUUAUGAAGGUCCUGAUGAAGGAUUUCUCAAGGGACUACAAAAUAUAUACGAUUUUUUAUAUGAAUUUGUUGAACGAGAACGAAAAAUUUAG